GCGAUAGCAACCGAAGCAGUUUCCCGGAAAUAUCCUUGUUGUCAGACAGCUCUGAGAUUUUGUUUGAUUUGUCGCCUUGAAGAAAUAAAUGAGGACCCAUCUGGUCUCAAGCAAUCCAAGCAAAUUUAUCCAUUUUCAUGACAUAUCUGGUUGAGCCGCUGAAAGUGCGAAGAGAAAAAUGUCCACAUGGUUCCCAUAUAAGGUCUUCAUCAGAUCAGCGAAGACCACGAUAAGCCUUUCGGUGAUAUCCUUUGUCGGUUUUUAUUUGAUAGUCUAUCCUUAUGACCAGGAAUCCUCAAAUAUCUGGGAGCCACUGGAUGGCAAUGCCACUGUUCCCACUUUGGACCUUCCUUCAACCUCGACCCUUCUAAAAACGACCCAAGAAGUGAAACGACCAUUUAUUCCCAUCGACCCUCACCAAGACUUUUGGCAAACCACUGUCCUCAACAAACAAAAGAUUCAUGUCUAUUCGGCAUUUCUGGACCAAAGGCUGGCCUCCCAGGCCAUAAUUAGAAUCAAUGUGGUUGCGCCAUUCAAGACCAAAUCCCUGCGCAUUCCAGCCCCUCUCUGUCUUCUGGAAAGACGGAAUGGGUCCCUAAUCACCACGAACUUAGUGAUAACCCAACUCAAAGAGCACUUUAGUCUUCCCUACUGCUCCUACUUCUUCGAUUGUAAAUUGAACCAUGAGCCCAUACUGCACGACUUAGUUCGAGUGGCCUUGACCUCAGAAGGUCAGCCUUUGUCCAUGGAGGGGCUGGCUCCCUUGAAAAUCUUCACCUCUCCCGAGUAUUCAGUGGAAAUCAAGGAACAAAUGGUCAUGUGUGUGAAACCGUUCCACUAUAACUGGGAUCGUGCCCUCUGGUUGGUUGAGUUUAUGGAAAUGUACAAGCUCUUGGGAGUGUCUCAUUUCGUAUUCUACAACCACACAGUAGGUUCCAACGUGGACAAAGUGCUUCGAAAAUACACGGAGAGUCACGAAGCCACGGUCUUGCGUUGGAACUUGCCUCUUAAGUCGCAAAAAGAAAUUCGAACCGAGGCUAUUUUUACCGCCUUGAAUGAUUGUAAUCUACGGGCGGUCAAUCGCUUUCAAUAUGCCGUCGUUUUGGACGUGGAUGAGUUUAUUUUUCCUCGAAAGAAGGAGGUGUUCACAUUGCAACGCAUGAUCCAAGACGAAAUUAUCCGCUCACAAAUCAAUAGAUUUGGAUCCUUUGUGACAAAGAAUGCAUUCUUCUACCUGUAUUGGGAGAAUGAUACCACCACAUUAUCCAAGUUUAGCGAUGAUCCCACGACCUCUUUAGAUCAUCCCUAUCUAUUGACCCAGGCAAAAACCCGUCGCACCAGCACCUUGAAGAAACAUGGAUAUCGAAGUAAAUACAUUUGUCUACCGCACAAAGCCACCUUAUUGGGGAAUCACAAUGUCUGGACCCACAUUUCAGGCUUUUCCCAAGUCAACAUACCCGACAGUGUGGCUCUUUCGCAUCAUUAUCGGAUUUGCGAAUUUGGAGGAUUCGAUUGCAUGAAAGCACCUUCCGUGAUCGAUCAAACGGCUCACAAAUGGGCACCGGACCUUUUUCCCGCGCUGAAAAAUACCUGUCAACUCAUUUUUGGAUCCCAAGGAUGUCCCAUAGCACCUCCGUUGGGAUCCCCGUAUUAAGAUCAAUAAUUAUUGAAUCAAUCCAAUCAAAUUGAAAGUUGCAUGGCAACGACCGAGUGAUAUAUGAAAUGGAUAUUUAGCCUGAGCUGAUUGUGAUAUUUCUACGCUCAAACAGAUCAUUAAAGCCUAAAUUUGGACUUAAA